GUGGAGUUCGUGGUGGACAGCCAGGCAGUUGCGGGAUUGGCGAUUUCGACUACCGCCAUCACGACCACGCAGUACGAACAAGAAGUGCGCAAGAUCGGGCGGAAUUUGGGGCACAUGUACAGGCAGCGCUGCAGGUACAAAGCCAGACUGCUGGACCCUGGCUAUUGGAGGGCGCGCGAAUGGAAGAUUGACGCUGAAUUCUUGCGCAAGCACGCAAUUAGUGCACAAAGAGGUGGUGGCAUGUUGACGGUGGAGAUGGUCCAGCGCCAUGCUGUCUGGGCGGUUGCAUUGCAGUUCUUUUCGGAGGGGGGGUACGUGCUGAAAGUGGGUGGAGCUGACGGGGUGCAG